AUGGCGUCAACUGGGAAGGGGAUGGAGCCUGCGGUUCUGGAUGAUAUCAUCAAUCGGUUAUUGGAGUUCCGGAGUACGAGGACCCUGCGACAGGUUCAGCUAUCAGAGAAUGAGAUCCGCGCUCUGUGUGCUGCCGCGCGUGAAAUCUUCCUUUCACAGCCUAAUCUGCUCGAGCUCGAAGCUCCAAUAAAGAUCUGCGGUGACAUUCAUGGGCAAUAUGGAGAUCUUUUAAGGCUUUUUGAAUAUGGGGGAUUCCCUCCCGAGGCCAAUUAUUUGUUCCUAGGAGAUUAUGUGGACCGUGGCAAAUAUAGUUUAGAAACAAUAUGCCUCCUUCUUGCCUACAAAAUCAAAUAUCCAGAAAAUUUCUUUCUUUUAAGAGGAAAUCAUGAAUGUGCUUCUAUUAAUAGGAUAUAUGGAUUUUAUGAUGAAUGUAAACGGCGCUUCAAUGUGAGACUCUGGAAAGUCUUUACUGAUUGUUUUAACUGCCUCCCAGUAGCUGCUCUUAUUGACGAUAAAGUACUUUGCAUGCAUGGUGGUCUUUCUCCUGAUCUACUUAACUUGGAUCAAAUAAGAAAUUUGCCACGUCCAACUGAUGUUCCUGACUCUGGUUUGCUUUGCGAUUUACUUUGGUCGGAUCCUAGUAGAGAAGUUAAAGGUUGGGGGAUGAACGAUAGAGGGGUCUCACACACUUUUGGUCCGGAUAAGGUAGCUGAGUUUCUGAUGCAGCAUGAUAUGGACCUUGUAUGUCGUGCUCAUCAGGUCGUGGAAGAUGGAUAUGAAUUUUUUGCUGACAGACAGCUAGUUACAAUUUUUUCUGCUCCCAACUAUUGUGGUGAAUUUGAUAAUGCUGGGGCAAUGAUGAGCGUUGAUGAAAGUUUGAUGUGCUCAUUUCAGAUCCUGAGACCAAAUGAUAGAAGGCGGUUCUUGUGA